AAUAGUGAAGUUUCGCCCCUGUCUGGGCGGGGCAAGCUGAGCCACCUCAGUUACUGUCUUUCUUGCUGAGGCUCCUCCCAACUUCACAAUGCCACGUGAUAGCCUCGAAUUGGCACAAUCUCCAAGAACUGGCAGGCAAGUUUGUCGUACGAAGGUAAAGAAUGUGUGAUCAAGAGGAACAAGAUAACGAACUGAUUGCCCUAGAGGCGAUUUAUGAUGCAAGACAGUUCGUUCGUUCGACUGAUGAGCCAGGUGGUGAGCUGAGGGUUUACCUUCAUCUAGAAGAGCCGUUUUUAGUAGUUUUUAAAUCACUUGACGAUGGGACCAAGCAUUUCGAGGACAUGCUAGUGAAAUAUCUACCGCCCAUCAUUCUCAGCUUCAGUUACCCACAUGAUUACCCUUCUACUUCUCCGCCACUGUUUGCAUUAUCAUGCAAAUGGUUAAAUACUUCACAGCUCUCCAUCUUGUGCAAACAGCUUGAUGCAUUGUGGGAAAAUGGUGGUGAAGGAUCUGUUAUAAUGUUUGAGUGGAUGAGUUUUUUGACAGAUAAUGCAAAGUCUUUGCUGGGCAUAGUUUCACCUUGGGAAAUAAAUGAUGUUGAAAUUCAAAGAUCACAAAGUUUUGGGGCAAAGAACCUCGAUAUUGAAAAUCUAGAAGAAACUGAUCGCAGGGCAUUUCAGGAUGUUGUUUCUUUGGCAGAAGUGCAUUGUUGUCUGGAAGAUUUCAACCAUAAUGAAAAACAGCGUCAGUUUAGCUUGAAUGUUUAUUCCUGUGGUGUUUGCUUUCUGGAAAAACUUGGUGACAAAUGCAUCUCAUUUUAUCCCUGUUCCCACGUCUACUGCAAUGAUUGCAUGUCUGAAUACUUCAGCGUUAAAAUCCGGGAUGGUGCUGUGAAGGCACUUACAUGCCCAUUUGGGAAAUGCAAUUCACAAGCAUUUCCAAACCAGGUGAGGGAUCUGGUAGAUGCGGAUGCCUAUGAGAAAUAUGAAAAAUUUCUGCUCCAGUCAAGUCUCGACUGUAUGAGCGAUAUCAUAUAUUGCCCCCGAGAACUUUGUCAAUCGCCAGUAUUGUUAGAGAGUGGUUCUUCAAUGGAAAUUUGCGCCAAGUGCUCAUUUGCCUUCUGCAUUAUCUGCAAAAGGUCCUACCAUGGAGUGGCACCAUGUCCAUUUGAUGAAAAAGAAUUAAAAAUGCUCCGCAAGACCUAUGCUUCUGCGGGUCCAGCAGAGCGCGAUGCUUUAGAAAAACGGUAUGGGAAGAGAAACCUGAAGUUUGUAGUUGAAGAAGCAUUUUCUGAAGCCUGGAUUAAGAAAAACUCAAAAAAAUGUCCUUACUGCAGUGCAUUAAUUCAAAAAAUUGAUGGUUGCAAUAAAAUGACUUGCUUCCGUUGCAAUGGCUACUUUUGCUGGAUGUGCCAGACAAAACUGUCCAAAUCGUCACCAUAUUUACAUUUUAACAAUCCUCAAAGUGCUUGCUUUAACAGAUUGUUCGAAGGCGUGUUGAUUAACGGAGAUUUUUAUGAAGAUGAAAUCGGAUUCUAAAUUUAAAUUCAAUUAUUCUUUAAAAACUGUGUUUCUAUUUUUUAAAUGUUUGCGCGAUUUUGCAGCCUAUUGCAAUAUAUCGUAGUCAUUAGUCUUAGUGCAACUUCACAUCCCCAACAAACAGUUGACUUGAAAUCUUGUCCAAACAAUUUAUUGUUGAAUAAGAACACCUUCCCCAUUGCCAUGAAUUUACGCGGUGUUAUCUGGAUGCGAAAAUUCUAGGAUUUUAAUUCCUUAACUAAAACGAAGCCUAGCCUAGGUACAUUUCACAAGUGUAACCCGUUUUAUCAUAUGAUACAUAACUCAAGCUAACUCUUAAGCCCAUAGGGUAUUGCCAGCCUACGAACGUUGGGGGCUGAGUUCUAAGCAGGUUGAAAAAUCUUUGGUCAUACGCCAUUGUGUGGUAAAAUAAAAAAGUUGUUACAUUUUCAGAUUGUUUCUAUCCUAUAAUGGCAGUCUGUGAAUCAGUUUACAUAAGUGACACUUUGUUCGCCCUACAAGAUUUUUUGUUGUUUUAUACUAGUCGUGAGACCAAAAUCAUCUCACGUGUAGCAAGUUUGUGGUCAUGUGCAAACUAGAAUCGAUAUUUAAUAUUUCUUCAUGUGCAAUUUCGUUUUAUGAUUAGAAACCAGUGACGGUUUUAAGGGGGGUAUGACCCCUGGCCCCGCGCUUAUGGUAACCAAAAGGGGCUCGACACCGAAAAAAGAGAAAUUGUAAAGUACAAGGGUCCCACAUCCCACAGAUGUUUUUGGCCCCGCAGACCCUAAAACCGCUGCUGUUAAUAACUGUAUAUAUUCGUUUAUAGUUUUGUGUUAGAUAAAAGCUGUUAAUUCUGUUUUUGUAUGUCAACAAAGCUUUUUAAGCUGUUUAUGGUUAUGUUUGCUAUUGAGCAUUGAAAAGACAACAUCCACAAUACUUGUAUUCUAUCCCCUUUCCUGCAAAGUGGCUCUUCCUAUUCCUCUCUGCUUAGGGCAGGUGUAUGGUUGAAAUGAUGUUCUAUCCUUGUUUCAGUGUCUACCAAUUGGGUAUCCAAUUUUCAAUAUCGAAACAAAUUCAAAUGCGGGAAAUAUUUUCAAAACAUCAAAUGGGUAAAUGAAAUUUGUUUUAAACAUAGGCGCGCUAUUAAAAGAAGUUAUUUGCGGUAGAAUUCUUUGCGAUUCAGUAUAUCAAAAAUAUUAUACUUUGCGGAUGAGGCCUUUCCCCGAAAUCCUGAAGAGGUAUUUUUUGUGACUGUCCGCUAUAAUUCGGAGUCUAAAUUUUUGGAUCAAGAGAUUCUGACACUGUCAAAUUUCAAUUCUUCAAAGGUCAACGAAAAGCAAUUCUUGCGCAAUUAAUCUCUUUCUUAAAGGUACACAGACUGACGAUGAAGCGAAGAAUGCAUAUAAGAAGCGUGAUUCUCUGAUCUUAUGAAAGUUUUGAAACUUCAAAGAAACAUUGGCCUGCUGAACUGGGAUACCCUAUUUCUAUAGAAAAUGAAAGAAAGACGAUUCAGAAUACUCUUUCGUGAAAGGUUCUGGCAGCGUUUGGCAUAGUGUAGGGUUUAGAAGACUUUAGAACAAAGUUUUAGGUGGUAAAGGAACCAAUCUAAAACCGCGCCCCUCUACCUAGAGCGUUUCUCCAAAACUUUGAACAAAAGGUGGACUGGGAGUGGAACGAUGAACGAGUAAAAACCUAUUAUUGGGCAAACGAGUCGAAACCCCUCUUAUUUCAGGCUAUUAUUCUAUCCAUUGGUCUGAACCAAUGAGAAAGUGCAUCAUAUGGGCCUGCGCAGUAGGGCGAAGGCAAAAUCGACACCUUAUGGCGCUUCACAGCAUUUUAUAAAAACUAAUAAAUAUCAUAGUUACACGAGUUUCAUUCUCAGUCUUCUCAUGACACCCUUUAAUUUCAUUUCUGGUAAAUUCCUAUAACGGCCAAGGAUAAAUGUUCUACCAGAUACUAUGCGAUGUGAAAAUGACAAGGUCGAUUGUAGCUGCGCUUGCGCAUACGAUCAGGGGGGCUAUUGGAGAAAAGACUGCUGGUUAUCAAACUCUUUCUAUUUAAAAUAUGACUCUAAACGACAUGGUAACUACAAAUCACUUGAGGAAGGAGCCAAGCAUCGGGCCUGCCCCAGGAAACGGCGUGGCGGCACUGCUUGUAGGCACUAACUAUUCGAAAGAUAAUCAUGCAGAACUGUAUCGGUGGGGAGACACAAUUUGGCAAAACUAAUUAGAAAUUAUUGGCAAGUCCUUCAAAACCAGAGUGAAAGAAGAUAAAAACCAUUUAAUGUUCAUGAACAAAUGAAACCCUACUCUAGUUACACUUUUUGAAACUUGAGCAAAUGAUUAAAGAUCAUCAAAAUAUGCAGCUGAACUGGAACAUAUAAGCGAUAGAAGAAACAUUAAACUACAAAAAACUGAUUUGACGUUCCUUAAUAUGAAUACCGUAUAAAAGGGCACUACCUUGCCAAAACUUAAAGAAUUUUCUUCAAAAUUUGGCGCCAUCUCAUCAAAACCCAGCACUAGCCAAUU